AUGCCUUGCCCACCAAGACUCCUCGAGCAGAAAACCCCCGUAAACCCCAUCGGCUACGGGGCAAUGUCCCUCAGCGCCUAUUAUACCAACACGCCCGAGUCGGACUCCAAGCGCCUCGCCUUUCUAGAUCAUAUCUACGCCACAGGGCAACGCUUCUGGGAUACAGCGAACAAUUACGGCGACAAUGAGGAAUUAAUCGGCAAGUGGCUGGCGCUGAAUCCUGAGAAACGAAAAGAUAUAGUCCUGGCAACGAAGUUCGGGCAGGUGGGUGGCGGAGCGGGGAGAAAUGAUGCAGAGUAUGCGCGAGAGUGUUGCGAGAGGAGCUUGCAGAAGCUUCAGACCAGUUAUAUCGAUUUGUACUAUGUACAUCGGGUCGAUACGGCGGUUCCUAUUGAGAAGACCGUGCAGGGGCUGGUGGGACUAGUUCGAGAAGGGAAAAUUCUCCAUCUUGGUCUUUCGGAGGUGUCGCCUCAGACUCUUCGGAGAGCUCACGCUGUGCACCCCAUUGCCGCGGUACAGAUGGAAUACAGUCUUUUUGCGUUGGAUGUCGAAAAGCCCGAGACUGAUCUACUGAGCACCACGAAGGAGCUCGGCGUCGCGCUUGUGGCAUAUUCACCUCUAAGCCGGGGUCUAUUGUCCGGCCGGCUUAAGAGUCCUGACGACCUAGAAGAGGGUGAUUUUCGAAAGGGAAUACCACGAUUCUUUCCAGAAAACUUCCACAAGAACCUGGAGCUGGCUGAAAAGUUGCAUGCCAUUGCGGCCCGGAAAGGCAUAACGGUAGGCCAGUUGGCCCUUGCGUGGUUGUUGGCGCAAGGCGAUAAUGUCAUUCCCAUACCAGGGACGAAGAGUAUUGACUACUAUAAUGAGAAUAUGGGAGCAUUGGAGGUGGAGUUGAGUAUGGAAGAUCUGUGUGAGACUCGAGCAGCAGCGGAAAACGCUGAUGUCAGGGGACAUCGAUAUGCAGCGGAGACGUCCCCGAGCUCUUAUUUUGUGGAUACACCAUCAUUGUAA